AUGAAAGUGACUUUAUUAGAUGGAUGUAUAUGUGAUCCAGGUUGGACUGGCUCUAGCUGUGAGGAACGGUGUCCUAUAGGAACAUAUGGCGACAAGUGCAUUGGGGAAUGUAGAUGCAAGCAUGGUAUCUGUGAUACUACAACUGGACAGUGUUUUUGUGAUUCUGGGUAUUCAGGAGACAGCUGUGAACAAUUAUGCCCAUAUGGUUUCUAUGGCAACAGUUGUAAAUAUCCAUGUACAUGUUAUGAUAGUUCCUGUACUUGUCACCCUGUCACUGGUAAUUGUAAUAUUUCAUAUUUGGAAAAUUACAACUAUGAUCUCUUUCAAGCAUCUCACUGUAUUGCAAAUGACAUCAUAGAAGAGCAGCAUUUGGUGGAGUUUGUGCCACUACAAAAAAACUAUUACUUCAUUGGAUUAUGUAUCAGUGUCACCAUAGCGAUUAUCAGUAUAGUGUGUAACUUUUUGAUCCUGUGCUACAGAUGUCAGUGCGCCUGCAGCACACGACCCACUCCGCUUUAUCACCGCAUACGUGCCGACAUAAUGGACAAUUCUGAGGAUGAUUCCGAGGAGAUAAUGAUGAACGAUCUAAGUCUGAAAAUGUCUAAGACUGGAAGAGCGUGACCUGACCUGCCAAGGGUUAUUUACAACUCUAGAUUGCCAAAGAAUAAAAAUAAACUUU